AUGAAGCUGCUCCUGCUCCUCAGCUUGGUGGCCCUGGCCCAGUGCCUCGUCUCCAGGAUCCCUCUGAAGAGAUCCAAGUCCCUGCGGCGGGAGCUGCGGGACAGGGGCUUGCUGCAGAGUUACCUGAAGCUGCACCCCUACAACCCAGCUGCCAAGUUCUUCCCCACACUGGCCUCCAGCGAGUCCCUGGAGAACUACCUGGAUGAUGAAUACUUUGGCACCAUCUCCAUCGGUACCCCAGGCCAGGACUUCACCGUUAUCUUUGACACCGGCUCCUCCAACCUCUGGGUUCCCUCCAUCUACUGCUCCAGCGUGUCCUGCACCAACCACAAGCGUUUCAACCCCGAGAAAUCCUCCACCUUUGUCAGCACCAACGACACCGUGGAGAUCGCCUACGGCACCGGGAGCAUGACGGGCAUCCUGGGCUACGACACCGUGGCCGUGUCAGGCCUUGAUGUCACCAACCAGAUCUUUGGGCUGUCUGAGACCGAGCCUGGCGAUUUCUUCUACUACGCGCCCUUCGAUGGCAUCCUGGGUCUGGCCUUCCCCAGCAUUGCCUCCUCUGGAGCCACCCCUGUCUUUGACAACAUGAUGUCUGAAGAUCUGGUGUCCGAGGACCUCUUCUCUGUCUACCUGAGCAAGGACGACGAGAGCGGCAGCUUCGUCCUCUUCGGUGGCGUCGACUCCUCCUACACCACCAACGGCAUCUCCUGGAUCCCCCUCUCUGCUGAGACCUACUGGCAGAUCACCAUGGAGAGCGUCGCCAUCGACGGGGAGACUGUUGCCUGUGCCUCUGGCUGCCAGGCCAUCGUGGACACGGGCACCUCGCUGCUGGCUGUGCCCUCUAGUGCCCUUGACAACGUCCUCAGCAGCCUGGGUGCCAGCUCCAGUGGUGAGGUAAGGACAGCACAAGGCUUUGGGGACCUUUGGAUCAGCUGCAGUUCCGUCAGCAGCCUGCCCGACAUCAUCUUCUACAUCAACGGCGACGCCUUCUCUGUGCCCCCCAGCGGCUACGUGGUGGAGGAGGAUGACUACUGCGUCCUGGGCAUCGAGGGCAUGAGCGUGGAGACGGAGUCGGGCGAGCUCUGGAUCCUGGGGGACGUUUUCAUCCGGGAGUACUACGUCAUCUUCGACAGGGCCAACAACAAAGUGGGGCUGUCCAAGCUGGCCUGA